CGAGUUAUCUCCUACUGACUCCUAGCAACAAACUAUUACAAUAAAUUCAAUGAAUGUUUUCAUUGCUUCAUACAUGUUUAGUUAAAAUAAAUCUUCCUAAAACUAAUAUUAAAACGCAUGAGAGACUAAUAAAUGGCAGACCACGAAGAUCAACAGGUCGAUGAUGAACUGAAAUCUCACAAGGAAGAUCCAGAAGAAGACAUAAAUGAGAAUAACUCUGCUAUAGGAAAAGAUGAAGAAGAUCAAAAUAAUGAGAACAACGAAAGAACACAAGAUGAAAGUGAAAACCAAGUUGAAUUAGAUGAAAAACAAACUGAAGAUAAUGAAGAAUUAUACUUUGAACAAACUUCAUACAAUGAUGCUGAAAAUGAAGAAGUGAAUGCAGAUGAUGCAUCUGAAGGCAAAGAAAAUGCUGGAAUGGAGUAUUAUCAAUAUGAUGAAGAAGAUGCUUUAGCAGGUGAAGAUCAAGAGAAUCAGGAAGAAAAAGAUGUGGAAAGUCCAAAGGAAUUUUUUAGAGAACAAACAGAAGAUGGAGCAGUGGACGAUGAGAAACAGGAUGAGAAAGAAGAUUUAAAUCAGGAUGAUUCUCAAAAUAAUUUUUCCAAUGAUGAACACUCUGCUCAAAAUAAUAUAGAGGAUUCUGAAAACUUAAAUGAAGAAGAAGUAUAUGGAUACACUGAACCGAUAGAUGAUGAAACAGCUGACAAUGAAAGAAGUGAUGGGAAUGAAGGAAUUAAUCAGGAUGGUUAUGAAGAUAAUAUUUUAAAUGAUGAAGAACUAGUUCAGGAUAAUGAAGAAGAUUUGACUGGUCAGGAAGAUGUUGCUGAACAGGAUGCAUAUUCAUAUUAUAAUGAUGAAGAACAAAAUUAUAAUAAUAAUAAUGUUGAUGGUGGAGAAAAUGAAGAAGAAAAGAAUUAUGAAAAUGAGCUAAUUGAAAAUGAAGAAGAAAAUGACCAUCUAUCUACUAAUAUUCCGGCUGAAGAGGAUAUUAAUGAUAAUCAGGCAAAUGAAACAGGAAGAACGUCAGAAGAGCCAAUAAAAUCACCAACAACUGAAGUAGGUACUGAGACAAACCUGCCCGAAUUGAACGAUGGUGAAUCUAACAUCACUGUUGGACAAGAGAUUCAGUUUGAUGCUGAAAAAUCCAGUUCUACUCUGUAUGACAAGGAAACCUCAAACACAAAUAAAAAUGCCAGCACAGCUGAUACACUUAUUUCCCAGUCACCUAAAACAAACUUACCCACACCUGCUAGAUCAUACACAAGUAUUGAAGGUCAAAUGUCAACCUCAGCAUUGAAUAUUGUCUGGUCUUUUGGCUUGAAUCGCAACGUUCCAGUUCUUAACCUCAGUGAUGGUGUACGACAUGCAAUUAUGUACCCUUGUGCACAUGUUGGAAUUAUGUAUGAUUACAAAAACAACAAACAACAUAUUCUCCAAGCUCAUCUAAAUCCUAUUACCUGUUCAGCUGUGUCACAUGAUAAGAGAUGGCUAGUCACAGGAGAUGUUGGGCCUGAUGCCAUGGUUAACAUAUGGGACACCUACACUGGUACUCCAAUACAGACAAUGUUUGAUCCCAACCCUAAAGGUGGAGUUGUAGCUGUUGCAUUAACACCAGACUCUAGAUACCUGGCCACACUAAGUGCUUUACCUAUCCAGACACUUGCCAUAUGGGAUUGGACAGUUGAUGGAGAUGUUCCCAUUUGUUCAGCAGAUCUGAAACCUGAAUAUGGACUACAAAACUUUAUCUGCUUUGAUUCUACAGACUGCCACCAUUUAGUGACCAAUAGUGAAACUCAAGUGUUGUUUCUACACUGGGAGGACAACAGUAUAAAAUAUUAUGCUCCACCACUCUCUGAUGAGGAUUUUAAUAAACCAGUGGGCCGAUACAGCCAGUCCAUGUUCCAGAUUGGGAUUGCUAGGGCCCUUACAGCUACCUCAAUUGGCAAUCUUGUUGUAUGGGAUAACAACAGACCUUUAUCUAAAAUGUACGUCAGACCAGAGAUAGAUGUAUGGACAGGCCUGCCUAUCAUGGAUGUAAACCAAAGUGCUGAUAAAAAACCACUUAAGAUUAUUAAAGUUCAUGACAAGGGAAUUAAUGUGUUGACCAAUACUGAUAACUAUAUUGUGAUUGGUGACACUGCAGGACAUAUAAAAUUUUAUGACCAAGGCCUGCGUCUGAUAUACUGGUAUCAAGAAUUCCACUCAGGUUCUUGCACAUCAAUCUCCUUUGCUCAUAUGCCAGAUUUUGUUCCAGUGGCAACAGAAGGAAGUAAAUAUCCAUCAGAUGCAACAAAACAGGCAAAACCUUUUGUCAUUAGAGAUUUUAUAGUAGGAACAGCUAUAGCCAUUUACUGCAGUAUUAACACAGAUGGAAGUAAAUUAAAGAUAAUUCAUAGGGAGCAUGAUGCAGCUGUACAUGCAUUAGCUGCUCACCCAAAAUUGCCUAUUGUGGCCAUAGGAAGCUACUCAGGUCUACUUAAGCUAUGGAAUUAUAGAACAAAAGAAGUUGUAGCAUCAAAAAUAUUUGAAAAGUCACAUAUUCAGUGUUGCACAUUUGAUCCUAAAGGAUUCAACAUUGCAAUUGGAUGUACAAAUGGCGCCCUCUUUCUUGUUGACUCUGUGGCAUUGCUAGAUCAGCUAAAAGAACCCUUCAAGUAUGCCAGAGAUGCUAUCACCCACAUAGCUUUCAGCCACAACUCCAUGUUCAUGGCAACUGCUGAUGCUGGUUUUACAAUUACUGUAUACAAACGCCAGCGCAAGGAAAUGCGAAGUCCUUACAUUUGGCAUGGAAGAUACAGAUCUCACUACAAACCUAUAAAAGAUUUACUUUUUGAAAUACACUUAGACACUAAUAUGCCUAAGCUAUUAUCACUUGGAGAAGACAGAAUGUUGAUUGAGUAUGAUCUUUUCCACCAUGGAAAGACUAACAAAGUUGUACCAUGUGCAUUUGAUAGAAUAGAACAAGCUGCUAUUCCUCAAUGCAUGACAAAAUAUCCCCCUAUCACUAAAGAACAGUUUUUCCUUACAGCAAAUGAUCAGUACAAGUUUAAAUGCUACAACAGUACAACCAAGAUGUGCAGAAAAGUAGUAUUAGGACCAACAUAUGGAUCUCCUAUCAGAAAAAUGAUGGUUGUCCCAACUGACAAAGAUGAAACCAAAAACAGAUUCCUUGCAUACAUCACAGAUGAUAAAAUUGGACUGCAUUUUUUGCCAGCAACUGGCAAUCCACACCUUGCUAUGGCUCUCAUUGCACAUCCAAGUGGAGUUUCCAACUUGACUUGUAGUUUUGAUGGAGCAUAUUUGUUUACAGCUGGUGGACCAGAUUUUGCAGUUCACAUGUGGGAAAUAAACAUUGCGGCCUUGAGUGCCCAGGCUAAACUUGGAGGAGAAGAUCUGGUCCCAUUCUAUGGGUUGCUAGAGGGAGGAAGAGAUGGAGAACUAUUUGCAGAACUAGAAGAUUUAUUUUACUAUGCUCAACUCAGACACCAAGGUAUAAAUUGUCUGGAUACAAGACAAAUCAGCAACAGAGUGCCACUCACUGAGGUGCCAUAUAUCAUGAGAGCCAUGGGGUUUUAUCCCUCUGAACAAGAGAUUGAAGACAUGCUUAAUGAAAUCAAAUAUGAUGAAUAUGUCAAUCUGGGUCACUACCAAGAGGACAUUGACCUUGGGGGGUUUAUAAAAUUGUACGUGAACCACCGGCCAGCCUUUGGUUUAUCUGCUGAAAAGCUGCUGUGGGCUUUUGAAACCUUGGCUGAAUCUGUGGAACUGGGGAAAGGAGGAAUGAUAGAGCGAGGAGAUUUCCUUCAGAUGCUUGAGAGAAAAGGUGAGCACAUGACAGAGGAAGAGCUAACAGACCACCUGACUACUCUGCUAGGAUUCAAUAAAGAAGGUGGAUCAGCUGAAGAGGAUCAUGUAGAGACAUCAGAAGAGUAUGGGCACUUUAUCCAUGAUGCGCUACCAUUUGAUAUCAAUGCCGAGAUUCUUAUAAAUGAAAUACUAGGGUUCUCAAUGACGGUGGAUCCACCAGCAAAAGUUGGUACCAAAGAUGUUGUCAAAUCUGGAGCAUCUUAGUGCAGUCUUUUCCAAUAUUGCCUACUUUAUUGCAUCCUUAAAAUGUCUUUUUGCUUAAAAUUGAGUGAAAUAAUGUUGAUUUAUUUUUUUUAAAAGUUUAUUUUUACUGAAAUAUAUAUUGAUUUCAUUCUUACCAGCCAUCUUUCAUGUGAUUUAUUAGCAUAUCAUAAUUAACAAGUGUUUUUUUUAACAUUUUUGAUUGUUCAACAUCAAACUGUUUAGUGUACGUGGCAUAGUGUACGUAACAGUUUUACAAUUAGUACAUUUCAUUUUAUUCAUCCAGUAAACAAAUAUGCUAUGCAAACUAGUUUUAUCUUGGGAAAGUUUGUAUGAACUUGUGUUAAAGAGCUAAAAUACUUAAAAAAAGAAUGUCCAAUAUUCUAUCAUGUGGUGUAAAUAUACUUAUCUUACUUCUUUAAUACAUCUGAAGCUAAUUUUAAAAAUGUACAUAAUGACUAUAUUGAACAUAUUUAUUAUUAAAUGAUUUAAAAUAUUUGUUGAAUUGUUAGUAUCUUUUAAAAGCUUACAAAAUUUACUAUCAAAAUUCUUGUUUAAAAUUU